UAUAAUUAGUACACACUAAUAAACUACGUAAAUUGAAAAGCUACAACUGCUUCUUGUUUACAUAAAUAUAUGAGACAGUUGAUGGUCUUGUACUCAGAUCACUUCUUUCCUGAGCAAGAAAAAUAUGCCUCAGGGCCAAAGUCAGAUAUCCCAACAGAGAAGGCUACAAUAAUUGCGGCAAUUGUAGUUCUGCAUAUAAGGCCUAAGCCAUCACAUCUCAAACCAACAAAAAUGGCGGAAGUCAAGCUCUUUAAGACAUGGUCAAGCUCUUUUGCUUUGAGGAUAGUUUGGGCACUGAAGCUCAAAGAUGUCCCAUAUGAUACCAUAUUUGAAGAUCUCUCAAACAAAAGCCCUUUACUUCUUCAAUACAACCUCAUUCAUAAGAAGGUUCCAGUGCUUGUGCACAAUGGAAACUCAAUUGCUGAAUCUUUGGUGAUCCUUGAAUACAUUGAGGAAACAUGGAAACAAAAUCCUUUGCUGCCUGAAGAUCUUCACGAUAAAGCCGCUGCACGAUUUUGGGCCAAAUUUGGUGAUGACCAGGUAAUCUAGCUCAACGUACCACUACUAUUUCAUCGUAUAAUCAGCUACUAACUUCUUGAACACUAGUUUCAUAUGGAGUUUCAAGAUCGAUAUACACAAUAAAGUUUGGUAAAGAAUUCAAUUCAGUUCACUAUGUAAAUAUGUCUGUGGUUGUGCAUGAAGAUUUUUCCACCUAUUGUGGACGCAUUAUGCAGUGAAGGGAAAGAGCAAGAGGAAGCUAUUGUGAAAGCAAGGGAGAACUUGAAGUACUUGCAAGAAGAGCUAAAGGGAAAGAAAUUCUUUGCGGGAAAGCAAAUUGGAUUUGCAGAUAUCGCUCUCAGAUGGCUUGCACAACAUGAGAACGUGUUUGAAGAGGUAGCUAGCAUGAAGCUGAUAGCAGAAGAUGAGUUCCCAUUGUUAUCCCAAUGGCAAAAGACUUUAUCAGAUGCUCCUAUAAUCAAAGAGAAUUGGGCUCCUAGAGACAAACUUGUCACUAAAUUUCAGGCUAUCCAUGAGCGUGAACUUGUCAAGAAGUUGAAGAAAGGGGCACCUAAGUGAAAUGGUUAAUUUGUCACAUAAAGAUGGACAAGAGCGAGAGUCAGGUACCAGUACCAGUAAGUGAUAGAAGUAACAACCUGAAAGUUCUUAGCUUCCUCUUCAUCGAAGGAGCUGCGCGCAGACGCCAUAUUUUGGGGUACGUAGUUUAUAGGACUGUAAUCUCUCCAUCUUCUCUGCAUGACUGUUUUGGAUCUCCUCAUCAUAAAAAUUAGUAGUUUUCUCAAUCAGGGGAUCCAAGAUAUCGCCAUAUAUAUAGUUUAAUAAAUAUAUGGCAAUUUGUAUCUGCAUGCACAGAUCGGCAAUAAUAAUUAAAGUCAAUAUGGACUCUGCAAUCCACAAAAAGAGAAUUGAGAAAAUUUACCUUGCGGUGAAGUGAAGGCGUGAAGCCAUGCCAACCUAAAUUCAUCUCUGAAAUGGGUCUCUCUCUGUCUCCCUUCUCUCUCUCUUUCUCUUUCU